UUGUUUUUUUUUCUGUCGCCGUACCGUGCUUCUCCACGCACGAUCUCCCUAAACCCUACUUCUCCACGCCGCGCCAUCUCUCCUCUUCUUCUUCCUCUCCUCCCCAACUCGACGGCCACCCGAUCAUCUUCCCUAACCCGUCGCCGCCUCGCGACGCCUCGCCUUCUCCCCGCAUACAAGACCCCUCGGCCAAGGAAGCCUCGAGCCAAUCCCUCCCAUUCUUCUCCUCCUCUGCCCCAUCGUUCCUUGCCGCGGAAAUCCCCAAAUCGCACCGAACAGCAUCGCCGCCACUCCGAUCCGGAGCCGUGCCCUAACUUGAUCCACCGCCAGUCGACCCGUGCUCUACUCCCUGAGUGCCGGCGCCACUCGACCGUCGGCCAUCAGCCUUGAACCGGCCAAGAGAAGGAGAUCCGAGCCCUAGCUGACGGUCCAUCAUCGGCGAUCUUCUUCCUCCCUUGUCAUAGCCGGAGCAGAGCCGCCUUCCCUCUGCCCUAGCGUAGUGCCGGCAGCCUGAUCCCUCUCCACCUCCGGCAAAGGCAAGUUGUCUCUGCUGUGGAACACCAGCUGAGGCUUCGGAUUUGGUAACUUCACAGCAACACCAGUUUGCUCCAGCCACUGUUUUUCCGACAGCAAGCACAUCCGGCAGUGACUCAACAAUUGGGCAUUCAGAAUUUAUGGAUGUAUAGGUGUUCUGGGUAGCUGUCGUCAGAGGCUUAUAAGGCUGUAAGCUUUAUAUUUCGGCUAUAUCUUAAGGACUUUGAUUCGAGACGACAUCUCGACGUGGGGUCUAUUUCGGAUUCGAUCAUCAUUUUUUGAGAUGGCAUUUAGAGGCCGUGGUCGGGGUCGUGGUGGUGGUCGUGGUUUUGGGUCAUCUUUUGACAUUCGAAUAGGGAAACAUGUACCUUAUGAAGACUUUCCAGAAAAUGUCACUUUGCCUAGUUUGCCCACUAUUGAUCCUUUACCAGAUGAAGUUAAAGCUUUGAUUGCAUCAAAACUUAGGUUGGAACAUUUCUGGAAGACCUCUUGCUAUAAUUUGCAAGCGGUAGCCUCGAAAUCAAAGAACCAAGAUGCAGAUAUCCAGCGGUAUUCUGACAGGUUCAAGAUAAAACCACAAGGGAAACGUGAAGCUCUUGCCUCCUACCUCGUAUUAACACCUUCAAAUUUCCCAUCUGAGCUAAUUCAAGGAUCAAAACUGCAGCAGCGUGAUAAAAAGAAAUUACGAUGGGAUCGGGACCCAGAUGAAAAGAUGUUUGAUAUGUUUGAAAAGCUUGAACAAAACUACAAGGGACAAGAUGGAAAGGUCGAUGAGAAGAAAGGUGAAAAUGACGAAGAAGACGAAGAAGAAGAGGUAGAAGAGGAGGAAUCAAGUGACGAUGAUGAUUAUAAUCAGAAUGUGGAUUUUGACGACGACGAGGAUGAUUUGAACAUGGAGGAAGAAGGGCACGAAGAUGUAUACGACUAAAAUGCCCGUACCACUAGGGAAGGCCAACCAGAGCGACACGGUUCUUGUUUUCCAGUUCAUCUGUGUGACUGAGAACGCUGAACAAGGAAGAGUCAUCCGCAGCCUCCAACGCUUCAUGGAUUUCUUGAU